CCCCCCGGGAGCUUCCUUCUCUGGGAGCGGAGCAGGAGGCAACUUUCUCGGUCACAUAGUCGCAUGAGAGGUGAGCGCGAGCGCCCUUCGACAUCCUCCCGCGGCCCCCGGGCCCACCUGUGCCCGCCCUCCCCGGGUCCUCCCGCGCCCGCCCCUGGGCCUCCGCCCCUCCCCCGAGGUGGGGAGGGUAGCAAGACCCGGGGGCCAACCGACUCCUUCCUUCCUUCCGCCCCUCCCGCCCCGGCUCCCGCCCGCCGGCUCCGGGACCGCAGCCACGUCUGAAAGCGGCUCAUUGUGUGCGCUCUUCUGCGGCCGGCGGCGCGGAGCGGCCGAACGCGCAGCGCAGGGCUCCGGCGCGGGGUUGGGGGCCCUCCGGAGCAGGGGUGCCCGAGUCUGUGUCUGGCCGUGGCCGCACGACUGCGCCCCCCACACUUCCAUCCCGUUCUUAAGACGCCUCUCCUUCUCCAGGACACUCCCGCCCUGUUUCCAGGUUCCCUCCGCCUUAGGUCUCCAGGUGCCUCCACUCUCUCGGUGUCUGCGGAUCCGCGCCGGUGCCUCUCGGAGCCUUCCCCCGGCGUCACCGGGGGGCGCCUUCCUAGCCUUGAGAGCCUACGGAGCACGUCAGCCCCUGCGGACUCGCCCAGGGAAGACACGGCCGGUUGCGGACUGCAACUUGGAAGAGGAGACGUCAGGGAGCCUCUGCGGAGCCUCGGGAGUGGGGCGCCCGCCUCCCCCGCCGCGCCAGCCCGGGCAGGGGCGCCAGCUUUGGGCUUCUUCAUGGCAAAGCCCAAGAGGCUGGAUGUUACGAUCCUCAUUUUGCAGAGGAGGAAACGGAGCCUUGGAGAAGUGAAGUCACAUGUGCCCAGCUCCUCAGUGGCAUCAGUGGCCCUCUCUCCUCCACCCAGCAGGAAACGCGGCCCUGAAAAAUCUGCAGGCAUCGUCCAUGGAUUGUGAUUGAGGCGGGCGGCUCUCCCAGCAGCCGUGAGCUACAUGGGUAAACUGAGUUACAGACAGAUGCAGCGUGUGGUCCGGGAUCACAGGCUAGAAAGUGGCUGAGCCUGGUGAGGGAUUCCAAUCACCCAUCAAGCUGUGGAGCUAAACCUAAAAUUGUCUCUCUAAAAAGAAUUCUGAAGCAAAAGGCCCCCAGCUAGAGGCAUGUGGCUGCCGCGCGUCUCCAGCACGGCGGUGACCGUGCUCCUGCUGGCGCAGACCUGCAUCCUGCUUUUCCUGGUCUCCUGGCCCAGGCCACCGUCUGCAGCCAGCCGCAAAGAGCGGGUGCACGUGCUGGUGCUGUCCUCAUGGCGCUCGGGCUCGUCCUUCGUGGGCCAGCUCUUCAGCCAGCACCCCGACGUCUUCUACCUGAUGGAGCCCGGGUGGCACGUGUGGACCACCCUGUCGCAGGGGAGCGCACCGGCGCUGCACAUGGCGGUGCGCGACGUGGUGCGCUCCGUCUUCCUGUGCGACAUGGACGUGUUCGACGCCUACCUGCCGUGGCGCCGCAACCUGUCGGACCUCUUCCAGUACGCAGUGAGCCGCGCGCUGUGCUCGCCCCCUGCCUGCAGCGCCUUCCCGCGCGGCGCCAUCAGCAGCGAGGCGGUGUGCAAGCCGCUGUGCGCGCGGCAGCCCUUUAGCCGGGCCCAGGAGGCCUGCCGCGCCUAUAGCCACGUGGUGCUCAAGGAGGUGCGCUUCUUCAACCUGCAGGUGCUCUACCAGCUGCUCAACGACCCGGCGCUCAACCUGCGCAUCGUGCACCUGGUGCGCGACCCGCGGGCCGUGCUGCGCUCGCGCGAGCAGACCGCCAAGGCGCUGGCGCGCGACAACGGCAUCGUCCUGGGCACCAACGGCACAUGGGUGGAGGCCGACCCCGGCCUGCGCGUGGUGCGCGAGGUGUGCCGCAGCCACGUGCGCAUCGCCGAGGCCGCCACGCAGAAGCCGCCGCCCUUCCUGCGAGGCCGCUACCGCCUGGUGCGUUUCGAGGACCUGGCGCGGGCGCCACUGCCAGAGAUCCGCGCGCUCUACGCCUUCGCGGGCCUGAGCCUCACGCCGCAGCUGCAGGCCUGGAUCCACAACAUCACGCACGGGUCCGGGCCCGGCGCGCGCCGCGAGGCCUUCAAGACCUCGUCCAGGGACGCGGUCAAUGUCUCCCAGGCCUGGCGCCACGCGCUGCCCUUCGCCAAGAUACGCCGCGUGCAGGAGCUGUGCGCCGGCGCGCUGCAGCUGCUGGGCUACCGGCCCGUCUCCUCCGAGAGCGAGCAGCGCGACCUCAGCCUGGACCUGGUGCUGCCGCGCGGCCCUAGCAGCUUCAGCUGGGCGUCCUCCACGGACGCACACCCCUAACCUUAGCGGACGCCCCCAGUUGUGGCGCUGGGGAGGGAGCUGGGCACGCGGGGCGCACGCCGCUUAUUGGAGGGGCCGGGAGCUUGGCAGUCCUCUGUAGUAUGAACGGACUGGGUCCCCAGAACUCCGUGUUUGUUCUUGCUUCUGAAUUUUCUUUUGAGUCUUCCUCAGCAGCUGGGUUCCCAUAGGGAGCACACUUCAUGGAAAACUGAGUCUGCCCCUUCCUCUGCGUGCAGGGAAUAAGCGCAGAUGACCUGGCUGCUCCUCCGGCGCUUUCUUCCCAAGUCUCUUUUCCUAUUGGAGGCAUCAUCCAGCAACUGAGAAGGGGUUCCCAGCCCUUCCUGGGAGCAGAGAGAGGCACUGUGGUGAGCUGGCCCGCAUUCCUGACUUCGUUCCCCCGUGUCCCACCACCACACUCAAUCAGAGCUGUUGGCGUUUAUAUUCACUUGGUACUUUCAGAAAGAAAUCAGACAAGAUGCUUCUUACCUCGUGGUCUCCCGGUAGCCUCUCUCUGCCCCAUCUCCUGGGAGCCUACAUGCCUCCAUUGCCUUCCAGUUAACCUGGGGUGAAGGUUUGAUUUGUCCUGACAGUAAUGGCCCUACCCACAGAAAUAGACAUCAUAAUUAAGCUUGUGAUGCUAGACUUCACAGUCUGUAAAGUUUGACAAACAAAACGCAAAACUGAAAGGCCUUGUCCAAGGUCACAUGAUGAGGAGGAGGAAGGGAGGAGGGAGUUUUGCUCUGAGGCUACAUUUAGAAGGAAAGGGUCAGUCAGGCUUGCAGAGACCUGUCUCCAUCCUGAAGGAGGGUCAGAUUUUUCUAUCCGUUUGUGUAAUGGAAGAGCAAGCAGCCAUGGCUGGGGGCACAGCCGCAGGAUAUAGGGGGUGAUGACAUGUCUGGGCCCAGAGUGCAGAACCUUAGAGAAGCUACCGGAUAAGCACCGAGGGAGGCUGUAAGGGGGAAAGGUGAGGGAGAAAGGAAGAAGGGCUGGGGGGAAGCUUCCAGAACCUCUGGGAUGCAGAACUGAGUGUGCGUAAACUUUAGGGCAUGGAGUUGGUGCAGGGACUGAUCGUUGUUAGCACAUGCGUCAGUUACCUCUGGAAAGGAGUGGGCUGUUGCCAUCAAUUGCCAGGAGGGAUAUUCUGCAGGUUGCUAGCUUCUUUUUUUUUUCAGUUCAAGAGUGGGGCCUUGGAUUGGUGGGACCUCAAUUGUGGACCCCUAUUUUUGCUGCAGAGCAGGUGGUCAAUGGGGAAUCUGGUGUUUUCCACUUAUUUUCUUGCAGGGAGCAGAGAGAUACUGACCUUGAAGCUGAAGCUUCAGCACACCUCCAUUAAGGAUCUGUCAAGCUGUAAAAACUUUAGGCCUCAUAAAACCUCAAUCAUGGGGAGGAUAUUUAACAUAUUAACAUGGGGAGGAUAUUUAAAACUCUGAAUGUAUGGGGGGGGGCACCUGAAUGGCUCAGUUGGUUAAGUGCUUGACUUUGGCUCAGGUCAUGAUCCCACAGUCCUGGGAUGGAGCCCGGCACUGGGCUCCCCGCUCAGCAGGGAGUCUGCUUUUCCCUCUCCCUCUGUCCCUCCCCCCGGCCCUGCUCAAGCUCUCUCUCUAAUAAAUAAGAGCUAAAUAAAUAAAUAAAUAAUAGAAAGCCCUGAAUUUAUCAAUGGGGACUCUGCAACUUAGAAAGGCUCAGGCCACAUAGCUUCAUAUAAGGGAUACACCUCAAACUCAGAUCUCUGACUUCAGGGCUUACAGUUCUAACUGAACUGGGUUGCAGUGAAGCUUGGAAAGCCAGAUCAUUUCCCCCAGUAAUGACAGGGGUCUCUAGGUGAGAGGGAGCGAGCCAUCCCAGCAUUUGGCUCGUAUAUGGCUGCACACAUCUCCAGGACUGGAUGUUGAAGGGUAUGGUAAGCAGUGGCCUGGGGCACUGGGGCUCCUGCUGUUGGCCACUUUUUCCCUUCCUGUCCCUCCCUGUGCUGGCCACUGGGGAUAAAAGUAGCCUGCUAGUCUGCUCGGAAGGAGUGUAAUGUCAACUGGAGGAGUCAGCCUAGGAAGGUUCCUGGACAAUAUAAUAUGUUCAGGCGAAGAGGGAUAAGCAAGAAGUUCAUGGUGCCAAGAACAGAAAGACACUGAUCCCUUGUGGGGUCCAGGAAGGCUUUUGGGAUAGCUCAAAACCCAGCCUGAUUAUGGCAUCAUACAACUUUCAUUUACCUCUGCUCUGGUUACAGGCUGUGUUGAUGGCAACAAUUAAUGAUCUUUGCUAUGUGAUUUAUCCAUUCUGGCUACACACCCAAAGCCCCAGAGAGGGGAUGAUUGGCUCCCAGAAUUCACUCUCUGUGUAUAGUGAACUCAGGGUAAGCCUCUGGGUGAGUUCCCUGACAUAUCUGGUUCUAAGCAAGCCUGGGGGUGAACCCAGAUCAAAUUUCAGGACAAGGACAGGCGGUUCAGUGAGUCAGGCCGGUUCAGACCCUGGUGACAUACUGGGAGACUGAGGCGUCACAAACCUUGUUCUCCCAGGGAGUGCAGACCCAGAACAAAUAGUCCCACAGAUAAACAUGCAAACGUAGAUGUCAAUUGUGCUCUAAGAAGAAACAGUAGAAGUGAGGAGAGGAUGACCUACUUUAGUAUGGGGAGUAAGGAGGGCCUCUUUGGAGAGGAAGCAUUGAUUUGAAUGCAUGAAGGGUGGAUAAGAGCUCAUCAAACUCCUUGACAGGGGGAAGAAAAGGAGCCAGAGAAAGAGUGAGGGAUGGGUCCCCUGGGAAUCGGUUUCCUUGAAAAAAUUAAAAUUUAGGCUCAUGAGAUGAGAGAAGCCCUCAAGAGGUGGUCAAGUUUGUGUGUCUCUAGUAAAGGAGAACCGCUCAAUCAGAGAGCUUUCAUGUCUUUAAAGGUGAAACUGCCAAAUGACUCUAAAGGCGGAAUAACAACUUAUACCAUCCAGCAUGGGGUCAAGAAUGCUCUUCCCGUCCCUCUCCUACUCACCACCCCCCCCCACCACCACCUGUGCAGGGUAAAUCAAUCAGUCCUUUGAUUUUUACCUGCCCGAUGGAAUAUUAUUCCGUGCUAAAAAGAUAGGAGCUAUCAAGCCACGAAAAGACGCGGAGGAAACUGAAACGCCUAUUACUAAGUGAGGGGGGAAAACAAGCAAUGUGAAGAAGUCACAUCCUGUGCAAUUCCAACUAUAUGACCUUCUGGAAAAGGAAAACCAUGGAGACAGUAAAAAGAUGAGCGGUUGCCAGGGGACAAGGAGGGGAGGGAGGACUGGGUGGAAGGAGGGUUUGUGGGGCAAUGGAAAUACUCGCCAUGAGGGGCGCCCGGGGGGCUCAGUGGGUUACAGCCUCUGCCGUCAGCUCAGGUCAUGAUCUUGGGUCCUGGGAUCAAGCCCCACAUCGGGCUCUCCGCUCAGCAGGGAGUCUGCUGCUCCCCCCGCCCCCCACCGCCUGUCUCUCCAUCUACUUGUGAUCGCUGUCAAAUAAAAAAAAAAAAUCUUAAAAAAAAUACUCUCCUAUACUGAUGGGGAUAUGUCACUAACAAUCUGUCCACAAUCCUAGAAUGUACAACACCAAGAGCGAACACUAAGGUACACUAGGGACUUUAGGUGAUUAUGAUAUGUGCAUGUAGGUUCAUCCUGGGUAACAAAUGUACCCCUCCGGUGAGUGAUAUUGAUAAUAGCCAUGAAUGCGGCCAUGAAUGGGUGAGGGCGGUGUAUGGGACAUCUCUGUACCUCUUUAUUUUGUUAUACACCUAAAACUCCUCUAAAGAAGUUAAUUCUUUUUUUCAAAACUGCAGUAAAAGCAUUGGUAGCCUCAGGAGGGUGAGAGAGUCUGCUCAAAUGAGAGGGUUUGGCCAACCACUCAGAGACUGAAGCAAUCACCUCAGAUUGAACUUUUGAAUUUUCUUGGAACGGCAAGUCCUUCAGCCCAUCAUGGGUUCUCUUCCUUAGGGUUAUGACUGGAGAACCUGGUUAGCCCUAUAGUUCUAGUGCCGUUGUGAUCUCAGUCUUCCAGUCCUCCGCACCUCCUUUCAUUUGUUCAAUACAAAUGAAUUAUGAAUUGAGUGUUGACCAGUGCACCAGCAGGGAAUGAUCAUGGGGAUUAGGAAUGUAUUCACUUAGGGGUGUGAAUUGCAAUUUUUAAUGGGGUGAUCAGAGUAGGUCUUAUUGAGAAAGUGACAUUUGAGCAAAGUCUUAAAGGAAGUGAGUCAGUUAAUUAAAGGAUAACUACUGGUAGAAUGCCCCAGAAGAGGAAAAAGACAAUACAAAAAUCGUUAAGGAGGGAACCCAUUUGGUAUAUUGGAAGAACAGCAAGGGGCUGGUGGGUCUGUCAUGGUGGGCCAAAGGGAUAUUGCUGAAGGUGAGAAGGUAAGAGAGAGGGAGUCAGAUCAUGUAAGACUUUGUGGGCUUUGGUGAGAACUUGGGCUUUUACUUGGAAUGAGAUAGAGGGUGUCCGAGACCGCAGUUGCUCUGUGGCACUCCUUUGUCAAACAAACAAAUAUGCAUAUAAUAUAUAUGUGUAUAAUAUGUCAGAUAUUUAAACAAUAAUAGAAGUACCCAGUUAAAUAUUUCAUUAUUAUAUCAAUGCCUAUGUUAGUAUUCUGAAUUAGUGUAUUGUCAGUUUUUCAAGGUUUUUAACUGGAUUUAAAUUAAUCACACUGUGGGGGGCACCUGACUGGCUCAGUUGAAAGAGCAUGUGACUCUUGAUCUUGGGGUUGUGAGCUUGAGCCCCACACUGGGUGUAGAGAUUACUUACAUAAAAAAUAAACCUUAAAAAAAUUAA